AUGAAGUCCUUUGUAGUUCUCGCCAUUUGUCUUGUUGCCGUACAGGCCCUCUCCGACGAACAAAAGGAGAAACUGAAGAAGCACAGAACCGAGUGCCUGACUGAGACAAAAGCUAACAAUGACCAGGUUGACAAAUUGAAGACGGGUGAUUUUACAACCGAGAAUGAGGAGCUGAAGAAGUAUGUUCUAUGCCUGAUGACCAAGUCAGAAUUGAUGUCCAAGGAUGGAAAGUUCAAGAAGGACGUCGCCCUCGCAAAAGUGCCUAACGCCGCUGACAAGCCCACAGUCGAGAAGCUGAUUGACACUUGCCUCGCCAACAAGGGAAACACUCCGCAGCAGACAGCGUGGAACUACGUCAAGUGCUACCACGAGAAGGAUCCCAAACACUCCAUCCUGAUC